GCAUAAUUGGACCGCAAUAUUAUGGCAAAUAUGAUUCAUAUAUGGAUGGGGAGGACAAUGAGGAUCAGUACCAAUACAACUACAACAGCUGGCCUCAAGUCAAUCAUAUCAGACAUAGGGAUUCAAUAAUGCCUCGAUCAGGGAAUGUCCGAAACCAAAUGGAUAUGAUUAACAAACUAUUUGAUGAUCUACUUGAUCCACAUAAAUCGCUUCUGGAUGCCGAUAGGGCUGUACCGGUAGAACCGGGAACUAAUUCACGAGUAAACAGUUGUCAGGAUAGGAGGUGUUUCCAGUGUCUGGAUUCGUGUCGUUAUCUCAAAGAGUCGAGUCUAUCAAAUAAUCUGAUUAUUCAAUACAUGUAUCUAAGGAUAUGUGCCGUCGGUUGUAAAGCACAACUCCCAUGUUUGGAUGCACCUAAUUAUUGUUUACCGGUAAUGAAAGAAAAUCCCGAUUAUUUCAUACAGUGUAGCAAAUUUUCGUGCAAUCCAUUUCAGAUUGUGCCAAAAGUAUUUAGGACUACAGAUUAUUGUGGAUAAUCAUAUUGUAUUACCAUGCUCAA